CUGAGUGACAGCCGCCGCGCGGCACGUCCCGUUAGGUUACCUCUCAGCGAGAGCGCUCCUGUUCCGGUGAAAGCGGUCCGACCUCUCUUCCGUCUGGGCUCUCCUCUUUUUUUUUUUUUUUUUUAAUCGGUGGGUUAUUAUUUUUUGUUUCCCCCCCCUUCUUCCGGUCUGCGUAAAGAGAGACGGCGGGCGGGAUGGAUUCUUGAAUCGGCCGUUUUCGAAGCCCUCGUUUCUCCUCCUCGGGUUGCUAUGGAGCAGCCACCCGGGAGUUUAGAUGAUUUACAACCUCAAGACCUAUCCACCUGCAGCCUCCCCACUGUGAUCGACCUUACCAGGAAAGGUGAGGAAUGUGUCCUCAAUGCCAACUCCCUAGACGCCAUACAUAUGGUCAAGAGCCCCGGCUGGUACCCAAACUCUGGUAUCAACAAAACUGGACUACCCUUCACAGAGACUGCCACCUCAGACAUCAGGCUCCAAUCAGGGGAUCAGAUUCAACCAGACAAUGCCUUCUCCAACACUACAAUGACCCUUUCCUAUAUGAGCAGGUCUCUCCUCUCCACUCAUGACUCCAUGUCCCAGACUUCAGCUCUGUAUGGUGUACCCUCUGUCGGCAAGUUCUCCCUCCCCUCGUCAUAUGAGAUGGAAAAAGGGCUGGGGGAGACCAGCUAUGCACUGAGUCAGCACUACUUGGAGCAGGCUGAAAGGCCUCUGGAUCUUGCCACACAGACAGAACUCUUUAAAUCCUUGUCUCAUGCUCAGUUGGAGAAUGGACAUGAGAACAUUGGGGGAAUAUGUGACAUACAUGAGUCCAAUGGUGGAGUUGUUUCCAGUGACAGGUGCAUGGAUAAACCCCUACCAGAUGGAGUGGAAUAUGUCCUUCCUCGGGAUACGGAAGACUGUACCGGCUUUAAGAAUGGUCAAGAUAACAGCCGGUCAAGUUCGGGAGACUGCAUGGAAUUGUCGCCAGAGAUCCUCACAGCCUACACUGACGAGGACCAAGAAAGGUCAACCUCUGAGGUGUUCUUCCUGAUCUCCAGAGCACAGGAGCCUUUGGUCAUCCAGGACAGCAUGGCUGUCAAAGAUCUGUGUUCACUAAGCAGGGAGUUCAUCAGUCCUCUGGAGGACCCAGUCUCUCCCUCUGCUACCUCACUGGAUGAUAUGGAGGAUGUUUUCAUCCUGCCCCAGGCCUCCAGCUCGCCCAGUGGCAGCAACUCUUUCCUGGAGGAGGCUGGCGAGGCUGUCUGGGAUGGGCUGCAUAAGGAAGACACCAUCCAACUUUCCACCCUGGGUUCAAGGUCUAGUUGCAACAGUACACCGAGGCUGGAUAUCAGCGAUGAAUGCAAACUGCCUGUCCAUAGACGAAAGGCACCUCUGCAGCCUAUGACUGACUUGACAGAUGAGGGGAAUUUUCUGUCAGAAGUUUCAGAGAAAAAUUUGCAGCAGACAACAGUCACGCCCCACAUAAAUGGGAACAUGAACAUGGCAGCACUGCAGUGCACUUUCAGGAAAAAGAAACUGCCUGUGCGUUCUGGAAGAGGAACAAGGUUAGAGGCAAUAGUUAUGAACAUCAACCCUAGCCGGUGCAAAGUGUCGAGGCAAGGGGCCACCACUAAGAAAAGAAAGGCCUCCUACAGCACAGAUAGUGUUUCUGAGUUAAUCAGUCUUAAGAAGAAUGAUGCCUUGUUUGUUAGGAAAAAGAAAGGCACUGUGAAAACUUCCGUGAAAAAGAGGAAAUUAAAAGCAGAGACCCUACCCAAAAGCAGUAAAACUGGCAGCAUUAACACGGACAGUUGCAGAGAGUCUACCUCAGAUUCUGAAAUCACUAAUAACUCCAAAAACUCACUUAACAGCACACCCCCAAAAAUAUCUAGCCAUCAGUUUGCUGUGCAUAAGUCAAAGCAGGAGCCAGGGAAUUAUUCACAUCCUGAACUCUUACCAAAGUCUAGCCCUAAGCUUGCUUUGUGUAGGAAGUCAAACAAAAAAACGAAGUGUAUUUCAUCUCCUUCACCCUCCUCAAGUAAGUCAAGUCCUCAGGUUGCUGUAAAGCGCAAGACAAACCAGCUUAAAUGUACUCCUUGUCCAGACCCAUCACCUAAGAUUGAUGUGGCAAGAAAACCCCCACCAACUAAAUCUCCAAAGAAAAGCCCCACUAAGCAGAAAGACAAGGCUAGAGGUGGAAAAAUUUCUCCUGCUACCAAAAAGAAGGCACUGUGCCCUCCCAGGAGGAAAAGGAAGAAACACAAACCCAGUCAGUCCUCCUCCAUGUUCUCCCCCAAAGAGCCAGAAAUAAAGUUGAAGUAUGUCAACUUCAAGGAGGAAAAAAGGGACCUGAGGCUGGACAGCUUCUCUCCGUUCAUCCGUGUGGAGCACAGGCAGUCAUCGACGUCGCUGUGCACUGUAAUCAACUACCCCGAGGAGACAACACCGCAACAAGGGAAAGGACAGCAGCUGCAGGGACACACGGGAGGCUUAGUGUCCGGGGUCAUGCCCAGCACCUCCUGUCUGAAGCUGGGUCGGGUCUCUGUCCACAGCCAGCAUCAUAGUUUUCUGGUCUGUUGCCUUUGUGGGAAGUCGGCCAAUGCCGUAGACUUGGGGGACCUCCAUGGCCCCUACUACCCUGAGGGCUACCGGCCAACCACCAAAACACCAGUGAGCACAUCGGGCCUCAAAGAGGAAGAGGAAGACUACAGCUAUUUGGACUCUUCCUCCUGUAGCAUGAGAGGCAAGGGAAGGAAGUGCACUCGUCCCCUAGCUGUAUGGCCUCGCAGACCAGGUUCUCAACUGAAGCAGAAGGACCCACUGGGGAGACACCGGUGGACCAGCAACAGUGACCCCUGUGGCAGCCCUGCAAGUAAACGGGCCCAGGGGGACGCUAAUGCUGCAUCAGUUGAGGACUGGUACAGCCCCCCCGUGGUGCCCCUGGAGCCCUGUGAGUACUGGCUCCAUGAAGACUGUGGUGUCUGGUCUGCAGGCGUGUUCCUCGUGAAGGGCAAGGUCUAUGGGCUAGAGAAGGCUGUCAAGGUGGCCCAGGAGACGAUGUGCUCAGGCUGCUGCAAACCAGGUGCCACAUUGGGCUGCUUCUUCAAAGGCUGUCCCAGCAAGUAUCACUACAGAUGUGCUAUAGAGUCUGACUGUGUGCUCAUCGAGGAAAACUUCUCCAUGAGAUGCAAAAAGCACAAGAACAAGACAUUCAUCGCCCCCCCAGGGAACCGAUGGGAUGACAGGUGACAAAGUGAGCGGAGACCUUGUAUGGCGUUGUUCACCCACAACCUUCUGCCAGGGAUCCCACCCCCGCUGCCCUCUGGAAACCAUGUCGACCGUGGAACAGCGUUCCUUCUGACUGACGGCCCAGCCAAGCACCCGCAAACCUUAAACGUCACUCUCCGCUCUUGGACUGCACUGUUAACUUACUUACAAGGCUGGCUGGGAGGAAGUGGCUGUCACUGUUCAGUGAUACCUCUUUUCCAGUCAAACCCAAUGGUACCUACAAAUGGUAAGUGACCUUGGAAGACGGGGCCAUUGACCAACAGGGUUUUGUUUUUUGUUUUUUUGCAAGGCCAUGGUCACCCAUCGGACAAAAUGCUUUUCUUUUAUUAUCGAUGUGUUAGCGCAUCAGUAUUUUUAAUGUGUUAUCGAUUUGUAAUUAUUUAUGAGGAUUCUUUUUUUCAUUGAAUUACAAUUGGAGAUAUUUAACUUUAAGACUUUGUAAGUAUGUGAUGAUGUUUGGCUUAUUUAUUCCUGGAGUUUCAUACGGACUUCUUGUUUUAACAGUUGUUUAAGAGGCUUUGCUCUGCGUUUGUUUGUUUUUCUAAGUUAUUGAUAAGGUAUUUGAUGCUGAAAACUUUAGCCAGUUGAGAGAAAAUGGUAGGUCCAUUUGAGUCAGGACAGCGAUCAAGCAGUAUGUAGACAGUUGGAGUCCCCCCCACACACACACAUAGCUUUCUCAACUCAUAUGCGGUAAUUUAUUUGUGACUUUUUUUUGUUUUACAUGGCAGUGGACAAUGUUAAAACAGCAGGGUUUCUACUUUUGGAUAGAGUAGACUUCCCCCCUGUCAGCUUAUCACCUAUGGCAUUUUGUUCGGUUUGGCAGAACAGCACAAAAAUUCAACGUGAAGAUAAAGGGUGAUGCUUGUCCCGACAGUCAACCCAGUGGAUUAGUAGUAAGAACAGUGUAUAGGAAACUAACAGCAUGUGAGAUUUGUUUGAAUGUACAUCCCCCUCAUAACGGUGGGAUUUUUAGCAAGAAGCACUUUGGAGUAGCACUUGGGAUGGUGUCCGGUCCUCUGCUGCGGCUGCAGUAUUAUCCUUUCUCAACCGACCGGCACCAACCACGCUUGGUUCAGGCACUCCUCUGUAGUUCUUUUAAAUUCACCCGACAGAGCCAACUUAUUCGUCUUUGUCUACUCGUAGAUAAUGUGGCCAUAUUGCAGAGGAUGGGAGCUUUUUUUUUUUUUUAUCAUUUGUUUUCAUCUCGAAGCACUUUUCCCCCCCGCCAUCUACAUCAGGCCUGAAUGUGUACCCUGUAAAUGGUCUACCCGUGACCUUCAGUCAAAUAGAAGUGAGACAGUUUCAUUGCACGCAGUGCCCCAAGGUCUUGAAUAGAAAACACUGGUAGCUGUGUACGAGGCAAAAACCAUGUCUUUUGUGUAAAGGCAUUUAAAUGUGGGUUUAUUGUAUAGCCCUUUUGGGAAUAAUCAGUCAUUGUGUUCAAGUUUGUCCUGGAAGGAAAGUGGUGGCAUUCAUCACACAUCCUGUUUUUAAUAGCGUUCCCCGAUUAGGGGCGACUUCUAGCAAUAGUUUUUCAGUUGCCGUUUUCUAUCUAUCCUUUCAGUGCGACUGCAUCAACCGACACAAGCCUGUAUUGCUGACUAAACCUGGUUAACCUCAUCCAUAGUUCCUGUAUGAUAUAUACGUAAAGGCAGACGUCGAUGUCCUCUUAAAUCACAGGACCAUUUAGCUGCCAGUUUUUUUGCGUCUUUUGACUUUGACUGCAUCACUAAUGUUUGAGGCGGCUGUUAACAGUCCUUCAAUUUUUCACAUUGGACGUCAAUGGUUUACAUCUGUAUGUAGUUUUACUGUGUUAGGAAUGGCCCUUCUGCCAUUGAUGAGAUCACGUAUGUCAACUCAGUACUUUGUUAAUUUUUUUUUUUAAACCACAACUUUCUCUAAAAAAAAAAAGCCUUAUCAACCUACUGGAGGUAUAUGGUUUGUUUUUCCUAUACUCACCAGCGUGUGGUGCAAUGACAAAUCACUGGAUGUACACUGCCUUCCUUUGGACAUCCUGAUGACUAAAGGCAGCUUGCAUGCACUUUUCUGCUGCAAACUCUGUUGUUAUAAAUAAAAUUGGUAUGCUAGACAAGCAAGCCAAAUCCAAAUAAACCUUCACUUUCUAGCUACGUCUCAGACUUCCUGGACCCUGUAGUCACUUAAAUCUGGUCCCACCUUGUUCGUAUCUGUUUCACUGGGUAUGGAGUUCAGGAGCAUGUUUUCGACUGGGCAGACUGUUAUGAGACGACUUAAUGUGAUCAAUAUGGGUGGAAAAACGUCUGUGUGUGCUUUUGCAUAUCGCCAGCAGGGGGCAGUGUCGCGCUGCCUGAAACCAGUGUGUGGAUCGCAGCAGUGAGUGAACGUUGGAGAGUCAAAUCCACGUUUUAGCCCAAAAUCACAAGGUAGUCUGCACAAUGGGACAACUGAGGAUUUGCCAGCAUCAUAAAUUCUGCAGGGCAGGAGACAGGGCACCUAAAUUUCCUCAACCCACACCACCCCCACAUCUUUUAAAUUGAAGUCGUGCCAUAAGUCUGAUUUCUCACUGCAGUUAUGUUUAUUUUGACGUUAUUUUAUUAAUGGUAUUAAACUCAACCUUUGGAAUAUGUUUCAUCUUGCAAAACUUGUUUGAUUUUUUUUUUCCAAGUGUUUUGUUUGUUUCUAAAUCUCAGGGCUGAGCCGCCGGUGUUCUAAUGAUUUGACUUUGAUUUUUUUAUUUGCUUUGUUUUUUUGGGGGGGGGGUGUAAUUCUAUGGAUCGCACAUUGACUGGAGCAAUGAUCCAUGUAGCAGGAUACCAUGAUCUUAGCAGAUGUGAAGCCUUGUCUACAGGUACACACUACCCACCGCAUUCCAGCACCUCUUCCUUGUGUCCCCGUGUUUUAGUGCUCUUAGGCCACACAUGGAAUUAGAACUGCCAACCCGUGUCGUUUUUCCAUCAACCUUCUUUUGGGGCAGCAUUUUUGUACUGUGUGUUGGUUUACCUCCGAGAGUGUCCGAGGUCAUGUAAUUCUAAAAAUAAAUAUUUUGA